AGCCUUGGUGCGGGGAGGUGGGGUGGGGGGGACAGGGAGUAGUGAGGAUUGGCGGGGCGAGAGACGGAGAAACCCAGGGUAGCAGGACAAGGAGAAGGGGAGGGGUGCCCGGGAACCUGGGGCCCUUGGAUGGAGAGGGGGAUGAAGCCGCCAGGUUUGGAACAAACAGGGAAGGGAGAGGACGGCAGUGAGGAGGGGCGCCUAGGAGGAGAGGUGAGGCCGACGGCGGAAAGGAGAGUGUGUUUGGGGGGAGGGAAACCAGAGCAGGUCUGGAGGCCGCUGCUCAGAAGGUAGCUAUGGGGCCAGACGGGAGACCCCCCGGGUGGGAUUGAGGGCAGAGACUGGAAGAGGGAAGCCGGGAGCCUCCCAGAUCCUGGAGGAGGAAGAAGGGGAUCUGGGCCAUCAUCGAGGGAGGUGGAGACUGUCACUGAGGGGCCGGGACGCAGGCAUAGGGGUGGACGGAGGCCCGGGGCCCAGGCAGAGGACUGGAAGGGAAAACUGCCCGCAGGGAAUGGAAAUGGAUGGUUGGGUAGUAUUGUAGACGCCCAACUCCGAGUGCCCCCCACUCCUUUGCCAGAAUCCUCACCCUGCCCUCAUGACAUCCCCAGCGUCAGGGCCCGAGAGGGGGUGGGGAUUCUGACCAUCUCCCCCUUCCCCAGUGGGGUACAAUGUACGCAAGUAGGCCGUAGCAGAACUCCUUGUCUGUAGUGGAUCCGGGACCCAGGGAGGGCCGCCCCCCGGGCCUGGUGGCGCUGAGCAGGGCCCCCCAGCCCCCACCUCCUGCCCCACGACAUGAACCUCCUCUACCGAAAAACCAAGCUGGAGUGGAGGCAGCACAAGGAGGAGGAGGCCAAGAGGAGCUCCAGUAAGGAGGUGGCUCCUGCAGGCCCCGCAGGGUCCGGGGCCGGCCCGGGGCCUGGGGUCCGGGUGCGGGACAUCGCCUCGCUGCGCCGCUCCCUCAGGAUGGGCUUCAUGACGAUGCCAGCCUCCCAGGAGCACACCCCCCACCCCUGCCGCAGCGCCAUGGCCCCACGGUCACUCUCCUGCCAUUCAGUGGGCAGCAUGGACAGUGUUGGGGGUGGACCUGCGGGGGGAGGCGGGGGUCUCACAGAGGACAGCAGUGCCCGAAGACCCCCUGCCAAGCCCCGGAGACAUCCCAGCACCAAGCUCAGCAUGGCAGGGUCGGGCGUAGAGAUGCCCCCCAGCAAGAAAGCAGGCUCACAGAAGCCAACCCCAGAGGGCCGAGAGUCCAGCCGGAAGGUUCCGCCACAGAAGCCCCGGAGAAGCCCGAACACCCAGCUCUCAGUCUCCUUCGAUGAGUCCUGUCCCCCAGCCCCCUCUCCUCGUGGGGGGAAUCUGCCCCUUCAGCGCCUCAGUAGGGGGUCCUGCAUAGCUGGGGACCCUGAGGUGGGUGCCCAGGAAGAGGAGCCCGUGUACAUUGAGAUGGUGGGGGAUGUCUUCAGGGGAGGAGGACGAAGUGGAGGGGGCCUGACUGGGCCCCCUCUUGGGGGAAGGGGCCCAACCCCUCCAGCGGGCGCUGACUCGGACUCAGAGGAGAGCGAGGCCAUAUAUGAGGAGAUGAAGUACCCGCUGCCCGAGGAGGCAGGAGAAGGCCGGCCCAACGGGGCCCCCCCAUUGACCGCAAGCUCCUUGCCACACCAGCCUCCCGCCCUGCAGCCCCACGCCCACCGCCGGCCAGCGUCAGCCCUCCCAAGCAGGAGGGAUGGGACACCUACCAAGGCCACUCCUUGUGAAAUCCCCCCGCCCUUCCCCAACCUCCUCCAGCACCGUCCUCCGCUCCUGGCCUUCCCCCAAGCCAAGGCUGCUUCCCGAACCCCUGGCGAUGGGGUCUCGAGGCUACCGGUCCUCUGCCACUCGAAGGAGCCAACGGGCUCCACCCCAGCUCCCCAAGUGCCUGCCCGGGAGCGGGAGACGCCUCCCCCACCGCCUCCGCCUCCUGCUGCCAACCUGCUGCUGCUGGGACCCUCGGGCCGGGCCCGGAGCCACUCAACACCGUUGCCACCCCAGGGCUCUGGCCAGCCCCGGGGGGAGCGGGAGCUCCCCAACUCCCACAGCAUGAUCUGCCCCAAGGCGGCAGGGGUGCCGGCAGCCCCUCCUGCCCCGGCCGCCUUGCUCCCUGGCCCCCCCAAGGACAAGGCUGUGUCUUACACCAUGGUGUACUCGGCAGUCAAGGUGACCACGCAUUCUGUCCUGCCAGCUGGUCCACCCCUAGGUGUUGGGGAACCAAAGACGGAGAAGGAGAUCUCGGUCCUCCAUGGAAUGCUGUGCACCAGCUCGAGGCCCCCAGUGCCUGGGAAGUCCAGCCCCCACAGCGGGGCCAUGGGCGCGGCAGCUGGGGUCCUCCACCAUCGGGGCUGCCUGGCCUCCCCACACAGCCUUCCGGACCCGACUGCGGGCCCCCUGACUCCCCUAUGGACCUACCCGGCUGCAGCAGCUGGGCUCAAGAGACCCCCUGCCUAUGAGAGCCUCAAGGCCGGGGGGGUGCUGAAUAAGGGCUGUGGAAUGGGGGCCCCAUCCCCCAUGGUCAAGAUCCAGCUGCAGGAGCAAGGGACCGACGGGGGUGCCUUUGCCAGCAUCUCCUGCGCGCAUGUCAUCGCCAGUGCAGGGACACCAGAGGAGGAGGAAGAGGAGAUGGGCGCCACGACAUUUGGGGCAGGCUGGGCUCUGCAGAGGAAGGUCCUGUACGGAGGGAGGAAAGCAAAAGAGCUGGACACAGAGGUCGAGGAUGGUGGCCGGGCCUGGAAUGGCAGUGAGGGUCCAGGCAAGGCGGAGCGUGAGGAGCGAGGCCCCAUGGCGUCAGGGAUUCCAGUGAGGAGUCAGGGGGCAGAGGGCCUGCUGGCCAGGAUCCACCACGGAGGGGACCGAGGAGGGAGCCGCACAGCGCUACCUGUACCCUGCCAGACGUUUCCUGCUUGCCACCGCAAUGGAGACUUCACAGGAGGCUACCGCCUGGGGCGCUCGGCCUCCACAUCUGGAGUCCGGCAGGCCGCGCUCCGCACCCCCCGACCCUGCAGCCAGCCUAGGGAUGCCCCAAGCCAGGAGGAAGGGGCACAGACCCAGCCCGCGCUGCCGCUGCCGCUGCCCCUGCCGCCUCAGCCCGCCCGCGAGCGCGACGGCAAGCUGCUGGAGGUGAUCGAGCGCAAGCGCUGCGUGUGCAAAGAGAUCAAGGCCCGCCACCGCCCCGACCGAGGCCUCUGCAAGCAGGAAAGCAUGCCCAUCCUCCCCAGCUGGCGGCGGGGGCCGGAGCCCCGCAAGUCCGGCACCCCGCCCUGCCGCCGGCAGCACACCGUCCUCUGGGACACUGCCAUCUGAGGAGGCCGCGAGGCCCGGGCACCGGACUGGGGAGCGGGGCGGGGGUGCCCGGCUCUCCGGGAGACUUGCCUUGAAAGAGGGACACUUGAAGGACCAGGUGAGAGAAAGCCAGGGAGAAGCCCCAGCCUUGCACCCUAACAACCCCCACCCCGCAGACGGGGGUAUCUGCCAGGCCCAUCGGGCACGCCCGCCCCACCCGCAUCCCCUGAAAUUUGGGGAGGAGGGUUUGAGGUUGGGGGUGAGGCCCUUCGCUGCUCUCCAUGCUGGGCGAGGCAGACUCCUCCUGAGAGGGCAAAGGCCAAUCCUGGAGGUCAGCAUGGGGGAGGAGGAAAGGGAAGGGAGGAAGGGGGGGGCGGGUCAGGUGAAGGACGGGGCUAGCGAGUGUGAGGUAGAGGGGCUCUUUAUAGAGCCAGGAGUGGGGAGGGGGUAUUUAUUUCGUUAUUUAUUUUAGUUGGGAGGGCAGUUCUGGCCUCUUCUGACCUACUCCUGGGCAGGGAGUAGGCAGUGGGGGGCAAUUAAAGGGAACCAAGUUGGCGCUCUCCCCAAGCCUGAAGCUGGCACAGCCACACCCACCCUGACCGUGGGGAUUGGUGUGGAUUGGGGAGCCAAGCAAGAGGAGGGAGGGGCCCCAGCGAGCUGAGGGCCGCAGACUCAUUUACAGUAUUUUACCACAGCCAGAAUUUGGUAGUGAGUGUGGCCUGCUGUGUAACAGGCAUCUUACUUAGCUCUGGGGUGAGGGGGUAGCACCAGGGAUGGGCGGGGUGAUGGGGAAGGAGGGAAAUUUU